AUGGCCUUUCAGCCGCACGACAUGAUUGCUCUACACCCUGUUUUUGAUCCGCCAGAACUUCCAAAGACAGAGCUUUCCAGCGCAAAUUGGACACCGAGCAUAAAAACUGACACAAAACAGGAUGUCGAUAGCCAACCUGGCCACAAUCAAGAACCUGUAUCUUACCUGAAGGGUCAGCGGGCGACAAUCCGGGUGGCUUUCAACGUUCCCCUUGACGCAAGCAAGAACGUCACGAACCUGCGAUGCGUUGCGGGUGCCAUACCAGCCACCAAGUACGCACUUCGUUGUGAGGACGGCCGGGUGGACACCUCUUCGGCGGCCUUGGUACCAGUUGAUGUUUGA